CUUCCUCUUCCUCCUCUCUUUUCCCCGUUUUUCCAUUCUUCGUUGUGAGCUUCGUCUCUCAAUCUUAUUUCCACCCGGUUUGGCACUCAUCCGCCGUCAAGAUGAUGCCCCUGAGACCGUCAAAAAGCGCUCUGCGCACUCUGCAUUAUCAGAGAUACCUCACCUCUGGCCGAAGGACUUUUACCACUGCCACUGCCUCGCCCCACCGCUUCGCUGCGACACAGAAAAGAACCCAGAGCACUGCUGCCGCCACGGCCUCGAAUUCGAGACCCAUCCCCAGCCCUGCAUUCAACCAAGAACCUCACCGCAAUGAAGUCUCGCCACUCCAGAACCGCCAGGCUCCCGAGCUGGACGACUCUUUCGUCGGUCUCAGCGGUGGUGAGAUUUUCCACGAGAUGAUGCUGCGUCUUGGCGUCAAGCACGUUUUCGGCUACCCUGGAGGUGCCAUUCUUCCCGUUUUCGAUGCCAUCUACAACUCCAAGCACUUCGACUUCAUUCUCCCCAAACAUGAGCAGGGCGCUGGACACAUGGCUGAGGGUUAUGCCCGUGCCUCUGGCAAGCCCGGUGUUGUCCUCGUCACUUCCGGCCCCGGUGCCACCAACGUGAUUACCCCGAUGCAGGACGCUCUCUCGGACGGAACUCCCAUGGUUGUCUUUUGUGGCCAGGUCCCGACUAGCCUGAUCGGAACCGACUCUUUCCAGGAAGCCGAUGUGAUUGGAAUCUCCCGCGCUUGUACCAAGUGGAACGUGAUGGUCAAGUCUGUUGCCGAACUCCCUCGCCGUAUCCAGGAGGCUUUCGAAAUUGCCACCAGUGGCCGCCCCGGACCUGUCCUCGUCGACCUGCCCAAGGAUAUCACCGCCGGCAUUCUCCGCAAGUCUAUUCCCAUGAACAGCACCCUUCCGGCUCUGCCCAGCGCUGCCAGCGUGGCUGCCCGCGAAGUGAGCAUGCAGCAGCUCAAAGGCACCAUCGGCCGCGUCGCGCGCCUGGUCAACAUGGCCAAGAAGCCCGUCCUGUACGUUGGUCAGGGUCUGCUCGCUCGCCCUGAUGGCCCGGAGGUUCUGAAGGAGCUGGCUGACAAGGCCUGCAUUCCUGUCACUACUACUCUUCAGGGUCUGGGUGGAUUCGACGAAUUGGACCCCAAGGCCCUGCACAUGCUGGGUAUGCACGGUUCGGCUUAUGCCAACAUGGCCAUGCAGGAGGCUGAUUUGAUCAUCGCCAUUGGUGCUCGUUUUGAUGACCGUGUCACUGGUAACAUCUCCAAGUUCGCUCCCCAGGCUAAGCUGGCCGCCGCUGAGAACCGCGGUGGUAUCGUGCACUUCGAAAUCAUGCCCAAGAACAUCAACAAGGUGGUCCAGGCCAACGAAGCUGUUGAGGGUGACUGUGCGGACAACAUUCGCCUCCUCCUCCCCCAGAUUGAAGCUGUGCCCGAGCGCAAGGAGUGGUUUGAGCAGAUCAACGAUUGGAAGGCUCGGUUCCCCUUCUCCUUGUACGAGAAGCAGACCGAAGAGGGCCCGAUCAAGCCCCAGGCUGUGAUCGAGAAGCUCAGUGACCUGACUGCUCACAUGAAGGAUAAGACUGUCAUCACGACCGGUGUUGGUCAGCAUCAGAUGUGGGCUGCCCAGCACUUCCGCUGGCGCCAGCCUCGUACCAUGAUCACCUCUGGUGGCCUCGGUACCAUGGGCUACGGUCUUCCCGCCGCUAUCGGUGCUAAGGUCGCUCGCCCCGACGCUCUCGUCGUUGACAUUGACGGUGACGCUUCCUUCAACAUGACCCUCACUGAGCUGUCUACUGCCAACCAGUUCAACAUCGGUGUUAAGGUCCUGCUCUUGAACAACGAUGAGCAGGGUAUGGUUACGCAGUGGCAGAACCUGUUCUACGAGGACCGCUACUCCCACACCCACCAGAAGAACCCCAACUUCGUCCCCUUGGCCGAGGCUAUGGGUGUUGCCGCUCAGCGGUGCUCCAAGCCCUCUGAGGUCGAGGCCAAGCUCAAGUGGCUGAUUGAGCACGAUGGCCCCGCUCUCCUGGAGGUGAUCACCGACCGCAAGGUGCCUGUCCUGCCUAUGGUGCCGGCCGGUUGCGCUCUGCACGAGUUCCUUGUUUACGACGAAGCCAAGGAGAAGGACAGGAAGGCCCUCAUGCGCAAGCGUGGUGCUCCCAUGUAAGCGACGGAGCUGAUUCCAGCGAAGCGUUACGACGAUCUUAGUUUUCUUCUUGCAAAAGUGCCCUCGACCCAUGAUCUGUUGAUAUCCACGGCGUUUCUGGCGGGUUCUAAAAACGCUCGCGGGUGCCAUUCUGCGCCUACCCGACACCGAUCACCCGACUCGCUUGGAGCCGGGGACCGUGAACGACAGUAAAGCAGCAUCGUUCACUAGGGCGUGAUCGAGUACCCCACGGAGAAUGCAGUUGCUCCUCUGUGUGGCUCGACGACCGCCAAAGUCUUCCUUUUCUUUUCUGGGCAUGUUCUCAAUCGCAUUAUGGUUUGCCAGAAAAAGUUGCCUCGUUAGUUCUUGCGGAACCUCACUUGUAUAUAAUCCUUUUGCUGCUGUAAUCUUUAUGACUUGGAAAUACCAUGGAGGCAUCGAAAAGGAAUCUGUUCCGGGGUGAAGACAAAGCCGAGAGAAGUAAGAGCACAUACAGUCCAC